CGUCGUCGUCCAUUCGUCGUUGGAUAUCGUGCACAAGAUACAUACGUGCUAUUUGUGAGUCCUGUCGCGCGCGCAAAGUGUCCGUGCGAGGUUACUCGAGUUUCCUUCCGAGGAUUUUAAGCACAGUCCUCUUUCCACUUUGCUCGGGUCAACUUCGAGGAAUAAAUUUCUUCCAGAAAAUCGACCGAUUAUAUAUUGUCUAAUUAUUUCGAAAGAUAGUGCGAAUGAGAAAAAGAUAAAGAGAAUAAAAAAGAGAGAAAGAGAGAGAGAGAGAGAGAGAAAGAUCAAAGAAAAGAAGAUAUUUUAAAAUUCAUUUCUCUAAAUCUCAAUUCUUCGAUCCGUGUUAUUUAUAAUAAUCAGUGAUCUGAUCUGAAAUAUUAUUAUUAUCAUCUCUCAUUUUGAUUUUGUUAAAUUACGACGACGACGACGACGACGAGGAGAAGUAGUAGUCCAGUCUGAGCGCGUGUUACAAUACUUAGUCGAGUUUAACGUGGAGAGCAUGGUGGAUCAACAGGAGGAGACACAGAAGAUAGUGGAUCUUAACGUGGGUGGUGUCAGUUAUACGACCACCCUGGAGACCCUAACAAAAGAUAGUACUUGCCAUUUGGGUUUACUAUUUACCGAGAAUUUUCCUAUUCAAAAGGAUUCAUCUGGAAAAUAUUUUCUCGAUCGCGACGGUAAUCUAUUCCGUUAUAUCCUCGAUUAUCUUCGCGAUAAGAGUGUCAUAUUACCGGAAGGAUUGAAAGAAUGCGAGAGAUUGAAAAAGGAAGCGGUUUAUUAUGGUCUAAAUGAUUUGGUACGGAUCAUCGAUGAAAAGAGCGAAGACGUCGGAGGAUCAUCGACCUGGAGGAAACGAACACCUGGAUGCAUAACUAUUGGCUAUCGAGGAAGUUUUGCAUUUGGUCGGGAAGGUCUAACUGAAGUUAACUUUCGUAAAAUAUCAAGGAUCCUCGUGUGCGGUCGCGUGGCACUUUGCAGAGACGUCUUCGGGGAGACCUUGAAUGAAAGUCGUGAUCCUAAUCACGGUUUGUCCGAUCGUUAUACUUCAAGAUUUUUCUUGAAGCAUAAUUUUAUCGAACAGGCCUUUGACAUGCUUCAAGAGCAAGGCUUUAAGUUAGCUGGUAGCUGCGGUUCUAGCACGGCUGGCGGUAAUUUUGAAUUGUACAAAGCAGGGGUCGAUUUUGAGGAGACACGUUGGAAUCAUUACAACGAAUUUGUUUUCAUACGCGAAUAAAUAAAUCGCGAUUAAUUUAUGAUGCUCGCAGGGUACGCAGUACUCGAUCGAAUUUUCAACUUCACUCUAUUAGGAUGAGGAAAUAAAUAAAUAAAUAAAGAAAGAAA